AAACAGCACUCAACACCUGUGUUACUCACUCUCUUCUUUCCCUCUCUAAAAGAGGCAACGAAGUUCAGAGCUAGAGAGAGAGAGAGAGAGAUAGAGAGAGCGCGCGAAAAUGGUAGCGCGGAGAGCUUUGAUCACUCUACCAUGGCUGAUUUUGUGUCUCAACAUUCACUUAUCUGUGGUCGCCGCGGAGUUCUUUAAGCCAUUCAACGUCAGCUACGACCACCGGGCUAUGAUCAUCGACGGCAAACGUCGCAUGCUCAUCUCCGCCGGUAUUCACUAUCCUCGAGCCACUCCCGAGAUGUGGCCUGAUUUGAUUGAAAAGAGCAAGGAAGGUGGUGCAGAUGUGAUCCAGACUUAUGUAUUUUGGAAUGGGCAUGAGCCCGUCAAAGGAGAGUAUAACUUUGAUGGGAGGUAUGAUCUUGUUAAGUUUGUCAAGCUAGUGGGAUCCAGUGGACUCUAUCUUCACCUUCGGAUAGGUCCUUAUGUUUGUGCCGAGUGGAAUUUUGGAGGUUUCCCAGUAUGGCUGCGUGACAUCCCCGGCAUAGAAUUUAGAACAGACAAUGCUCCUUUCAAGGAGGAAAUGCAACGUUUUGUUAAGAAAAUUGUGGAUUUGAUGCGUGAGGAAAUGCUGUUUUCAUGGCAAGGUGGUCCAAUCAUUAUGCUGCAGAUUGAAAAUGAAUAUGGAAAUAUUGAAGGGAAGUUUGGGCAGAAAGGAAAAGACUAUGUUAAGUGGGCAGCAAAGAUGGCUUUAAGCCUUGGUGCUGGGGUUCCAUGGGUGAUGUGCAGGCAAACUGAUGCUCCGGGUGAAGUUAUAGAUGCAUGCAAUGGAUACUACUGUGAUGGUUAUAGGCCAAAUUCCUAUAACAAACCCACGCUUUGGACAGAAAAUUGGGAUGGAUGGUAUACGACAUGGGGUGGAAGAUUGCCUCACAGACCUGUAGAAGACCUUGCAUUUGCAGUCGCACGCUUUUACCAACGUGGAGGGAGCUUUCAGAACUACUAUAUGUACUUUGGUGGAACAAACUUUGGUCGGACUUCCGGUGGACCGUUCUAUAUUACUAGUUAUGAUUAUGAUGCUCCAAUUGAUGAAUAUGGCUUACUGAGUGAGCCUAAAUGGGGACAUCUAAAGGAUCUGCAUGCUGCUAUAAAGCUCUGUGAACCUUCUCUGGUUGCUGCUGAUUCACCCCAGUAUAUUAAAUUAGGACCAAAGCAGGAGGCCCAUGUAUACAGUGAAAAUGUGCUUGGUGAAGACCUAAAUUUCAGUUUGAACCAAACUAAAAGCAGAUGCUCUGCUUUUCUUGCAAAUAUCGACGAACAUAGCUCUGUUACUGUAACAUUCCUUGGUCAAAAAUAUAAUUUACCACCUUGGUCAGUUAGUAUUUUACCAGAUUGCAGAAACACAGUGUUCAACUCUGCAAAGGUUGCAGCACAAAUUUCAGUCAAAUCGGUAGAGUCUAGUUUGCCUCUUUCUUCAGAUAUCUCUUUGAGCCAACAAUUUGGGACUAAGAAUAACAGUGUCUAUGUACCAAAAUCCUGGAUGACCGUUAAAGAGCCAAUUGGUGUAUGGAGUGAUGGUAUUUUUACAGUUCAGGGUAUAUUGGAGCAUUUAAAUGUGACAAAGGACUAUUCUGAUUAUCUAUGGUAUAUAUCCAGAAUAUACAUUUCAGACGAGGAUAUAUCAUUUUGGGAGGAGAAUAAUAUUGGCCCAGCAGUUAAAAUUGAUAGUAUGCGUGAUGUUUUACGUGUAUUUGUCAAUGGCCAGCUUGAAGGCACUGUGAUAGGCCGUUGGGUGAAGGUUUUCCAGCCUGUACAUUUUGUCAAAGGAUAUAAUGAUCUAGUGUUCUUAUCUCAAACAGUUGGCCUGCAGAAUUAUGGUGCAUUCUUGGAGAAAGACGGAGCAGGGUUUAGAGGGCAAGUUAAACUUACUGGAUUUCAAAAUGGGGAUAUAGACCUCUCAAAGUCUUUAUGGACCUACCAGGUUGGGCUCAAGGGAGAAUUCUUGAAGAUAUAUGCUGCAGAAGAAAAUGAAAAGGCAGGGUGGACUGAUUUAACUCCAGAUGCUGAUCCAUCGAUAUUAACUUGGUACAAGUCAUAUUUUGAUGCUCCAGGCGGUGCUGAUCCAGUCGCUUUAGAUUUGGCAAGCAUGGGAAAGGGCCAGGCUUGGGUCAAUGGCCACCAUAUUGGAAGAUACUGGACUAUUGUUACCCCAAAAGGUGGAUGUCAAAAUGUCUGUGACUAUCGAGGGGCAUACAACUCCGAUAAAUGUACAACCAAUUGUGGGAAGCCUACUCAGACCUUGUACCACAUACCACGGGCAUGGUUAAAGGAUUCAGAUAACUUACUUGUUCUCUUUGAGGAAACGGGAGGAAAUCCUUUGGAGAUAUCUGUCAAGACACGGACAACUCGGUACAUUUGUGGUCAAGUCUCAGAGUCUCAUUAUCCACCUCUCCAUAAGUGGUCCACUAAAAAUUCACUUGAUGGUGAAGUAUCGGCCAAUGAUUUGACACCAGAAAUGCCAUUGCGUUGUGCAAAUGGCUAUACAAUCUCCUCCAUAGAAUUUGCUAGCUACGGCACUCCUCAAGGUAGCUGUCAGAAGUUUGCUUUAGGCAAAUGCCAUGCAUCCAACUCAUUGGCCAUUGUUUCUAAGGCUUGCCUAGGCAAAAACAGCUGUUCUGUUGAAAUUUCGAACCUUGCAUUCGGAGGUGAUCCAUGUCGGCAUGUGCUCAAGACAUUGGCUGUUGAGGCAAUAUGCUUGUCAUCGUCAAAUGUUGGUUCUGCUCAGCUCUGAACUUAUCUAACAACAAGAUAGCUUUACAUACUGGCUUGGUGGGGCUUUCUUCACCAAUUCAUGGCGAUUUUAGGCUUGCUGUGUUGUAACUUGUAUAUCUAUGUAUGUGUUUGGUAUUACUAUGGGAUUGGACGGUGUGUAAAUGUGAUACAAAUUAAACUCAACAGAAAUAAGGAUAAACUGAUUCCGGCUAA